UAAAGUAGUUAAAGUAAAGUUAAACUUAAGUUAAAGUAUUAAAGACUAAAGUUUAAAGUUUUAAAGUCAAUUAAGUAUUAAUUAAGUUAUUAAAUUUAAAUUAUCUUAUUAGUAUUAGUUUUAAUUUAUUGUUAAGCUCUACUAGACUAGAAUACACAAUUACAAUACUAGAUUAGCUAGACAUGGUUACUAAGAAAGUUACAGUUAGUAGUUACACAGUAGUCUUUUAAGUCUUACUUAAUAGUUAAUAGAGACUACAAGAGACACAGAGUCUUCAAGAGUGACAGUCUUUAAAAAAAGAAAGCCAUGCCGUUUCCAGAUGUAGGUCAAAGAGGGGGACUACUCUACAUUGUGUUGGUUUUAGCCAUUCCUUUACAGUAUUACAUUUCAAAUACACUGUAUGUACCAUCAGGUCAGAGAGAAGCCGUCUUUAAAAGGCUCAUGAAAUCCUUGACCAAUAUUCACUACAACUAUCUGUCGUUCUCUUCAUGGCAUCGCUGGUGUUCCAAUGUUUGGCAGAAAGUUGGCAGCUGGAGCACGAGCCACAAAACAUUUUUCACUUUUGAUACCGAUGAGAUGGGAGAGAGUCCGGCUUUUGAUGUCAUCCAGUUCAAACAUCCACAAGGUCAUUUUGGAACAUCUACCAAUAUAAGAUCACCAAGGCCAUCAGAGGUGAAGUACAAGGUGGGACAGGUUGUGAAACAUAAAAUUUGGGGCUACAGAGGUGUCAUAAUUGGCUGGGACCCUAUAGCAAAGGCUCCUGAGGAUUGGUUAAAUCAAAUGCACCCUGCAGAUAAAAGACACUGGAGAAAAAUACCAAAUUAUUCAUUGUUAGUUGAUGUAAGAGAUCGUCCUGAGCCGCAGAUGACCUAUGUCCCCCAGGAGAAUAUCGAACUUCUCACAGAUACUGAAAUCCAGCACCCAAACUUACAAAACUAUUUUGAUUCUUUUGAUGGAGUCAAGUAUAUCAUGAGGCACGCAUUGAAAUAUUUCUAUCCAAGAGACUGAAGUAUCUGGAAUUAGGGGCACAUAAUUUAGUAUUUUUAUUUUUAAUGUAUAUUUUCAUUUCAUUGGUACGAUUUGUAUCCAGAAUGAGAAUGUAAAAGUUGCUGGCCCUGGAAGUAAGAUUCAGGUCAUGGAAGCAUGAUAUUGACUUCUAAAGAGAGUUACUUUUUUUUUUUUUUUUUUUUUUUUUUUUUUUUUUUUGCAUUUCGGGUCAUAGAUAGAAUAAACUGAAUAGAUUAAAAAAGGAUGCACCCACUUAUGGUUCUGUUUAUAACUAUAAGUAAAGAUAUUCCAUAUUAUAAGAAUGAUAAAAUUCCCAGCACAACUGGGUUUGAUUUUCAUGCCUUGGCUGAAAACAGUAUUGCAGAGGUCUGUAUUAUUUUAAAGACAAUCAUUUUUUGAAGUAACGUUUGUAUCAUUUAAGAUAAGAAUGAUUUAGACAAUAUUUCGAGUUGCUACAAUUAUUUUGUUCAGACGUCAAAGCGGUAUCUCUAAAUUGUUGAAGAAAUAUUAUUUCACUUUCGAUAAUGAUAAGAUAUUAUUGAGUUAUGCAACUUCAUUGGCUCAAAACAAUUAUAUUAGAAUUGAUAUGGAUUUAACAGUGUCCUUGUUAUAGCGAUGGUAAACAUGUUUCAUUAUUUGACUCUAUCUUUAUUCAUUUCAUUUACUUUUAAUGGGGAUGUGCUGGCCAAAAUGUUAACUGCUUGGCUUCUAUUCUAAGAGGUCUUUAGUUCAAAUUUUCUGAAUAUUUCGAUUUAAAGUAUGAUAUUUUAAGGACAUCUCUAAGGACACUCGGGUAAAAAAAAACUCUAAAAAUUUGUUGAAAAAAAAAAGAGGGCUCAGCAGGUGUCAUCAGUGGUUCCCCAAAUGACCGCCCUCCAUUUUAUGGCGUUAUGGGUUAACUAUUUAACCCGAUGUUAUAUUCAUUUCAAACACUGUCGUUGUCAAUGGUGACACCAUGAUCACAACACUGAUGGCUGUUUGGGCAUGAGGCAUGCACUGUACAGUGUUGUCUUGAUGGUCCCAGGUUCGAACCCUGCCUGCUGCCAUGCCACGCCAUCCUGCAGGGGGUUUGCGCUAGGACGUAAUAAUCUUUAUUUCUGAAGAGUGUCCUAAACAUGUAAAACAAUCAGCAGUGCAGUGUUUGAACUUGACCUUAUUCUAUCAUCAUAAAGAACCCUCGCAUUAUGUAAAUCAUUCAUAUAGUAGCUAUAACAUUCUAGAUGGCAGUGCUGAACAAAUGAAGACAACAGCACACUAUUUUUCUUUGACACAGUCUGCAAAAGAGCUCACAGCUCAGCAGCCAAAAGGCUGGCUAGGAGAGGAAGAAUGUAGCUACCUUAAACACUGCCUUAAUAAUGUGUAAUUAUGUUCUCUAUGAAUGGUUAUGUUGUAUUGGUUUAGUUUUCAUUGACUUAGUUCAUGUUUUGAAAGAACUGAUAUCAUUAUCUCAUUUUCUUGUUCACUUGCUGCCAAAAGUCAUGACUACUCUCUUGGUUAAUGUCAUUGUUCUCCGGAUGUCCAGUGUUCAUGUCUGAAGUGCCAAGUGCUUUGACCAACAUGGUGCAGAUUAAGUCUUUCAUAUUGAGUUGACUGCUGAUGUUUCAUCUCCUCUCUGCCGGUGGUCCCUUCUGGGGCAUAGGCCACCAACCAGCUUCCUCCAGGCGUCUCGGUUCUGGGCAAAUCUCUCCAACUGUCCCCACGUUUUGCCCAUCUGCUUCCAGAUUGCGAUGCCAUGUAUUCCUGGGCCGUCCCCUCUUCCUCUUUCCUUGGGGGUUCCAGGUUAGUGCUUGACUUGUUAAGUUGGAUGCAGGCUUGCGAAGGGUGUGACCUAUCCAUCUCCAGCAUGGUUUUUAUGAUUCACAGAAAAACCCAAAAAAAACCCAGCUGUUUGACCUUGGUAUUUUUAGUUUGAGAGUAAGAUUUUUUUUUCAAUAGACAAUUUACUAACCACAUUGAAUUGUUUAAAGGAGCCUGACUAAACGUCUGCCACUUAGAUCUGACAUGUGACAUUUUUCUUUACUUAAUCUGUUCUAUGUAUGUUUUACUUAUUGAAUAGCUUUAUCAUUAGUCUCGUGUGAAAUAUAUAAGUUAAUAAUAAUAAUAAUAAUCUUUAUUGUCCGUAUGGAAAUUUGUCUUACAAUUUGUGCAUUACACCAAACAAAAAACAUUAUAACUUUAAGAAACCAAAGUGUACAUUCACACCAGACUCACUCAUAAUUUACAUGUGACAAAGUUUAUACCAGAUUGUUCUUAUUUAAUGAUUUGAUUGCCAGGGGAACAAAAAGAGUGUUUGUGUCUGUUUGUCUUUGCCAUCGGUGUCUUGUAUCUCUUUUGUGAUGGUAAAAGAAUUGUUGUUUUUUUUUUUGGUUGUGGUAAUUUAAAUAUUUUGUUUUAUUAAAGAUGUUCAUAUUACUAAAUAGAACCAUGGGGUCACAUGAGGCUGAGAACGAACGGGGGGAAAGUCUUAUUAAUUAUGUUUAAUUAUUUAAUUAAAAUGAAAUAUUUAUCUAUGUUUAUUGUAAAUCAUUCAAAAAGUUGAAUUGAAAUGGUUCUCAAAUUUUGCCUUGAAUUAACAAAAUAUUUAUUUCACCUAUACACUUACAUACAGCUGUAUUGGACCAUAUUUUAUUUUAAAAUUUCUGACAUUUUUAGUCUUGUAUUUCCUGUAUUCUAAAUGAGUGGGGUCGGUUACCUUAAUUCUCAAUGCCGCUUUAGUUGCGCCAUUAGAACAUGGAAUGGGUUGCCUGAAUCAGCCAGGAAAAGCCACGACUUGGCAGAGUUCAUGUCUGUCGUAAUGAUUUGUUUUUUAGUAACCUCUGUAAUUUAUAAGGUCAAUGCUUCCACUGUGUUGAGUAAUUUGUUUGUUUUUCAACUGCUGUGCAAUACUUGUAGGUAUUUGUUUAUUAGUCUUGUAAUCAUAAUUCAACAGACAACAGCCUCAUGGCAUAAGAUUCUGUGUUUUAAUUUUCAACUGCCAUCAUAGAAUUUUGUCUGACAUGGCCAAACAAAGAACAUUCUCAUUUCAUGGUAGCGUGAUUAUUUAUUUUGUGAAGGAAAAGCUACAACCUACUCAGCAUUGUGAAUGUUUGUUGGUUUUCAUCCUAAUGCAUUGAAACUUUGAUAUUGCUUUUUUGUUCUGGUCUGUGAGACAAGAUCAGUGACAAAUUUUUCUAGGUUUUAUAAAUGAUUAUCUUUUGGAUAUUUAAGUUGUUGAAAUGGGUGAGAAUGAUUCUAGAAAUACCAUAGUACUUCUAUUUUGUAGUCAAGUUGAAGUCUCGGUAAAAAUGUGUAUUUCUUUCUUCCUUCCCAGACUCCUCUGAUAACAAUUGUAAUUUCAUGCAUGAAAAAGUGAACAGGUGUACUACAGUUCAUAUUUUAAAAAAGUAUGAUGGGUUAUUGUAAUAUUGAUUAUCUUUAAAAUAACCUUUUACUGAUUAUAUUUUGCCUAUUGUCAUUAUUAAAUGAGGUAGAAACUGACAUUUCAAUAGCUCAAGAAUUUUGUUGUAACUUGUAUGACUCUUACUUUAUACAUUAUGUAAAUAUGCUUUAAGUUAAUUUGACUGCUGCCUGAUUUCAAAGGUUGUAAACCCCCCCCCCCCCCCCCCAUCCCCUUUCAGCUGACUACUAUUUUUUCUGAACAAAAUUGUCAGUGCUUAUUUGCAUUUGAAAAUGACCUUUGAUCUUUUCAUAGUUUUCGACUUAGCGAUCUUGACAUUGACAAACACAUUUAGUUGUGUGUACACACGAUUUCUGUCUUGGAACAAAAAUGUAUCACUAUUUAUUUUGUCUGACUGCAUUGUUAUUGUCAUGCCAGUUAUGAAUUGAAUUAAAGGAAAAAUCUAUA